AUGAUGGUUUUCUGUAAUUUACAAACUAGAUCAUUCAGUAAGUUGUGCGACACUCCAAACCUAGGUCUUCAAACUCAUUUGGCCAAUUCAUACGCUGAUUUAUGGCCUCAGGACCACAACACUUGCGACAAUACUGACUUUGACGCUGUAGAUAAAGCUACUCAUAUCAACCCUCCCUGGAAAUCGAGCCUUAUCUCAACAAAAAUCAAGCUAUUUGAUGGAAUCCCUCAGGACUUAUCAUUUACUAAGUCCACUAAACCCAGAAUUCAACUAUGUCAGGGAAAGGGGUCUCCGAACAUUAUGCCACUGGAUCCGCCUGCAGCUAAGUUCUUUAGCCCUCUUAACGGGUCAGGCAACUCAUUAGAGCCAACUCAAACUAAAGUUUCUGAAAAGUUAGGGCGACCUCUGCUCACAGGUAGGUCCGGAAUUACUUCAUGCAGUCUUAUUCAACUCUUUCCUGGAAAUAUAAAGGAAACUGAGGUUGAUGAAUUCGGGUAUGACUCUAAAGCCAAAUGUUUGGAUAGCUUGGAUGUGGUUGGCUUUGUUCAACCACGUCGAAGUAUUCGGUUUGCACAGCAACGGAAACAGCUGGAGCAGAUGAAUCUGGCGCUCGUUGGUUCUAGUCAGCGUGCAAUGUCCGAGACUCGACUGCCUUCAGGGCAAGAUUUUGCAGCUCAAAGUAAACAUCUUGAUGAUUCAUAUCGGUGGCGACGGAUAAAUGGCAAGGUUACAGAAAUGGUGCGAGCUUACGAAGCCUUAUUCGGAAAAACACAAAUGUCUGAUUUGAGUGCAACUAGACCUCACAAUGCAAAUUAUUCCGCAGCUUGUUACGACUAUUCAGACCUCUGUUCUGAAACCUUUUUAAUAGUAGGCAACAAUGAUAUAUCAAAAGAUAGCUUGGCAUCAGCAAUCAGGCAGCCAAAUAGAGCCGUUAAUGAUUCCAUUGUUGAGAAUGAGAAUAAAUCAACAGCCUCUUCUAAUGGAGGAGCAGUUCUGAUGGCACACGAAUACUGGGCCACCACAGACGGGAUAACAAAUGAUGCUGAACCUAUGACUGAUCGAGGGAUUAGGAAGGAUUUAGAUUUGGAUGAGUUGCCUGAAAAGCGAAAGGAGGAACGAACGACAAGAAGUAAGUUACAAAAUUGUCGCUUUAGCGAGGCAGUCUAUUUAAAAAUAUUUGUAGAAAAUGAAACUGUUCAUUGUAUUCAGGUAUUCUUCUCUAUAAAAGAGACAUUGUGGGCAUCACACAAUGAGCUAAAUUAG